UGAGCCGAGGGGACUGUGCGCUGGGAGCCCUGAUCGGUUUCCUGCGCCUCCUCGGCCUCGGCUCCUGCUCUCGCUGCGCUCACGUUGUCCUCGAGCCCGCCGCCGCGCUAUGAGGGCGCCUCUCUGGGGCUGGCCGCGGCCGGAGCCCGCUCGCGCUGCUCGCGGGGAGGUGUGAAGAGCGAGGCGCAGGCGGGAGCCGGGCAGUGCGCGGCGCUCGCGGGCCAGCCGGGCUCCAGGUGAGCUCAGGCUCCGCGCGCCCGGCACUCGGCGCGGCUGGCCAGCGCCCGCCUGGCUGGGUCGGAGGCUGAAUUACGUGCGUGGACCGCCGUUCCCUCUUCGCGGGAUCCUUGGCCACGAUAGCAGAUGCAUUUUGUAGGAGUAUUUUGAGGAUGAAUGUUUGCAAAUCAUUUUGAAAUUGUCAAGUGCCACAUACAUGGGAUGUAUUUUGCUUUCAACGUGGAGUUCACCCCUGUGGCUUGGAUUUAUCACAGUAGCAUCUGUCUUCAGUCUAUUUUUUAACUAGAAAGCAAGGGAAGACAUGAGGAGGUUUGUUUACUGCAAGGUGGUUCUGGCCACUUCGCUGAUGUGGGUUCUGGUUGAUGUCUUCUUACUCCUGUACUUCAGUGAAUGUAACAAAUGUGAUGACAAGAAGGAGAGAUCCCUGCUACCUGCUCUCAGGGCUGUUAUUUCAAGAAACCAAGAAGGGCCAGGAGAAAUGGGAAAGGCUGUGCUGAUUCCUAAAGAUGACCAGGAGAAGAUGAAAGAGCUGUUUAAAAUCAAUCAGUUUAACCUCAUGGCCAGUGAUCUGAUUGCCCUUAACAGAAGUCUGCCAGAUGUAAGAUUAGAAGGAUGCAAGACAAAGGUCUACCCCGAUGAACUUCCAAACACAAGUGUAGUCAUUGUGUUUCAUAACGAAGCUUGGAGCACUCUCCUCCGAACUGUUUACAGCGUUAUUAAUCGUUCCCCACACUAUUUACUUUCUGAGGUCAUCUUGGUCGAUGAUGCCAGUGAAAGAGAUUUUCUCAAGUUGACAUUAGAAAAUUAUGUGAAAAAUUUAGACGUGCCAGUAAAAAUUAUCAGAAUGGAAGAGCGCUCUGGGUUAAUACGUGCCCGCCUCCGAGGAGCAGCUGCUUCAAAGGGGCAGGUCAUAACCUUUCUCGAUGCCCACUGUGAAUGUACUUUUGGAUGGCUGGAGCCCUUGCUGGCCAGAAUAAAAGAAGACAGGAAAACAGUUGUGUGCCCCAUCAUUGAUGUGAUCAGCGAUGAUACCUUUGAAUAUAUGGCUGGGUCAGACAUGACCUAUGGGGGUUUCAACUGGAAACUGAAUUUUCGUUGGUAUCCUGUUCCCCAAAGAGAGAUGGAUAGGAGGAAAGGAGACAGAACAUUACCUGUCAGGACCCCUACUAUGGCUGGUGGCCUAUUUUCUAUUGACAGAAACUACUUUGAAGAGAUAGGAACUUACGAUGCAGGAAUGGAUAUCUGGGGUGGAGAGAAUCUUGAAAUGUCUUUUAGGAUUUGGCAAUGUGGAGGCUCUUUGGAGAUUGUGACUUGCUCCCACGUGGGUCAUGUUUUUCGGAAGGCCACUCCAUACACUUUUCCUGGCGGCACUGGUCAUGUCAUUAACAAGAACAACAGGAGACUGGCAGAAGUCUGGAUGGAUGAAUUUAAAGAUUUCUUUUACAUCAUAUCCCCAGGUGUUGUCAAGGUGGAUUAUGGAGACGUGUCAGUCAGAAAGACACUAAGAGAAAAUCUGAAGUGCAAGCCCUUUUCUUGGUACCUUGAGAACAUCUACCCGGACUCCCAGAUCCCCAGGCGUUAUUACUCACUUGGUGAGAUAAGAAAUGUUGAGACUAAUCAAUGUUUAGACAACAUGGGCCGCAAGGAAAAUGAAAAAGUGGGCAUAUUCAACUGUCAUGGUAUGGGAGGAAAUCAGGUGUUUUCUUAUACUGCUGACAAAGAAAUACGAACCGAUGACUUGUGCUUGGAUGUUUCUAGACUGAAUGGGCCGGUAAUCAUGUUAAAAUGCCACCAUAUGAGAGGAAACCAGUUAUGGGAAUAUGAUGCUGAGAGACUCACCUUGAGACAUGUUAACAGCAACCAAUGUCUGGACCAACCUUCUGAGGAGGACAAAAUGGUGCCCACCAUGCAGGACUGCAGUGGGAGCAGGUCCCAGCAGUGGCUGCUGAGAAACAUGACUUUGGGGGCGUGAAGACCAUUUCCCCCAAGCCAUCAAAGUGUCUACACUUCUGUUUUUCCAUUAUUUCAAUUAAGGAAAAAUAUUAACUUUGCUGAAUUGAACGUUUUAAAAUCCUUUUAGUAUUCUAAAACACAGUUGUUUAUAAUUCAUUUUUAGGAACGUUUGCUUAUUUCCUUACAAAAAUUUGUAUCUGAUCAAAAGCACAUAAAAUAUAAAUAACAGCAAAGUGUUAUUAAACAUCUGAAAACUUAAAAAACAAAGUGUUUGCUUUAAGAAACAAUCUGUAUUGUCCUCAUGUCACAGGAUUGUUGGGGAGGGUUAUUUUUAUUUUUUAUUUUCAUAGUGAUU